CAUCAGAUCAGCUCUGAGUGCAGCAACAGCAUCGCCUCCACCUACAACCUCUGGCAAAAAUGACCUCUGGCAACAUGAGCAGGAUCACCUUUUAUGAGGAGAGGAACUUCCAGGGCCGCUCCUACGAGUGCAUGAGCGACUGCCCAGACAUGUCCUCUUACCUGAGCCGCUGCCACUCCUGCAGGGUGGAGCGUGGCUGCUUCGUCGUCUUUGACCGCACCAACUUCAUGGGAAACCAGUACUUCAUGAGGAGGGGCGAGUACGCCGACUACAUGAGCAUGAUGGGCAUGAGCGACUGCAUCAGAUCCUGCCGCAUGAUCCCCAUGCACAGGGGGUCCUACAGGAUGAGGAUCUACGAGAAGGACAACCUCCAGGGUCAGAUGCACGAGCUGAUGGGCGACUGCGAUAACGUCAUGGAACGCCACAGUAUGUCCAACUUCAUGUCCUGCAAUGUGAUGGAGGGCCACUGGCUGAUCUAUGAGCAGCCCCAGUACCGAGGGAGGAUGAUGUACAUGAGGCCCGGAGAGUACAGGAGCUUCAUGGGCGGCAUGGGCGGCAUGAGGUGCAUGAGCUUGAGGCGCAUAACAGAUUCCUUCCACUAGGCGAUGACCCAUGAUGGUGCAGCGAUUUGUUUGUUAAACACAUCCUAGAAAAUGAUGAAUGCAGUGGUUGUUGACUUCUGGAAAUGACUGAAGAGGUGAAGGGGGUGUAUAAAAGACUUAAUAAAGUCUGUUCUGUUACAAAAAUC